AUGUUUUCGAGGGAUGUUUCACUGUCGGAGGUUGCAUACCAGAUUUCGAUUUUCUUGAUUAUGAUACAAGUAUAUUAUUGGGGUAGUAUGCUGGCGUGCUGGAAUAUUGAGCUUGCACCGGGCUUGGUGACGAUAGUCAAACUUGCCAUGGGGCAGGACACAAACCCUUUGUUACCGUUUGGAGUGGCUUUUCCUUUUGACCCACGAAAGGAUUGGAUAACGUAUAUAUUGGUUUAUGUUUAUGAGAUGUACUCAGCUUUUCGCUUUACAUAUGUCUAUAUAGGCAUUGAAAUUCUGAUGGUCACUCUAUGUGCACUCCUUAGUGCUGAAUUUUCAAUACUCAGAGAUGAUUUUAGACACAUUGAGCCCGAAUCAGAAGAAACAGAUAAUUCUGCACUAAAAAAUCUUGGUCGGAAACAUCAACAGCUCUUGAUGUACACGAAAUUGCUUGAUGCAAUUUUCAAUAAAAUUUUAUUUUUCGAUUUACUAUUUGUAACUGGCAUAAUGUGUCUCUUCGGAUUUGGUGCUACCGUGGCGGGAGGUGUUGUGGAGCUUGUAAACGAUUUCUUCUCCGUCAUUGCUUUAUUACUCCCCGUAUUCAUCUUUUGCUACUACAGUGAACAAGUAAAAGAAGAGUGCGUUGGUAUUGCCGAAGCGGCAUAUGACAACAAAUGGUACCAAGGCAGCGAAAGCUAUAAAAGGAUUAUACGUUUCGUUAUUACAAGGGCUCAAGAACCUUGUUGUUUAACAUCGAUGGGAUAUGCCCCGAUAACACUUAACACAUUUUCGAGGGUUAUGAGUACAACGUGGUCCUAUUUUUCUUUAAUAAGAACUGUUUUUACUGAAGAUUGAUUCAAUAAAGUUAUUAAAUAAGAA